AAUCAAUUUUGAAGAGAUAGGAUAGAAAAGAAGCAAAACUCUCAAAUUUUUCUCUCUGAACCAAAAAAAAAUAAAAAAAUGGCUUCACUCUCUUCAACACUAACACCAACUUCAACUUCUCUUUCUUUCUUCUCUUCUUCAAUCUUCAUUUCUAAUUCAAUUCCCAAAUUGAAAUUCACUCCAAAUUCAAACUCAAUUUCACAUACUAAUUCACUUUCCAUUUCUUGCAAACUCGCCACCCUUCCACUCCUCUCCUUCUCCGGCGAGAAAAUCGGUGAAUCAACUCUCGACGUCAAAUCCGCCUCUCCUUCCACCUCUCGCGCCGUCGUCCACCGCGCCAUCAUCCACGACCUUCAAAACAAACGCCGCGGCACAGCCUCCACCUUAACACGCGCCGAAGUCAGAGGUGGUGGCCGAAAACCCUACAACCAAAAGAAAACCGGCCGAGCACGUCAGGGUUCGAUUCGUACACCUCUCCGACCCGGCGGUGGUGUGAUUUUCGGCCCGAAACCAAGGGAUUGGACUAUUAAGAUUAACAAGAAGGAGAAGAGGCUUGCGAUUUCCACUGCGGUAGCGAGUGCGGCGGUGAAUACAGUUGUGGUGGAGGAAUUUGGAGAUGAGUUUGAGGGGAAUGCGAAGACGAAGGAGUUUAUUGCGGCGAUGAAAAGGUGGGGAUUGGAUCCGACGGAGAAAGUUACGUUUUUUAUGAUGGAGGUGAAGGAGAAAGUGUUGUUGGCUAGUAGGAAUAUUGGGACUUUGAAGAUUUUGACGCCGAGGACUUUGAAUUUGUAUGAUGUUUUGAAUGCUGAUAAGAUUGUUCUUACUCCUGAUGCUGUGGAUUAUUUGAAUGGUAGGUAUGGUGAUAGUGAACAAGAUGAUGAUGGUGAUUAUGUCGAAGAGGAUAGCCAAGAAGGACCAGACGCAGAAGAAAGUGCCGAUGCGGUGAAUUGAUGAUUUAAAGUUGUUUGCACGGUUGUAUCGUAUCAUUUUAUAGAGGAUAUUGCUCAUACAGGGUAUAGAAGGUUUGAAGUCUUGUUUGUACCAAUGUAUUUGCUUUUUUUCCAUUCCAUCACUUAGAAUCCAAAUUCAAGUAGCAUGUAAGGAUAUUUCUUUAUCUCAUUUACAAUCACAUUUUGUUGUAACCUAGUAAUUUUUUGAAUCAAUUUUGUUGCUUUGUAGUCUCUUUUGUGCAGAUGCAUGUAAAUGGAUAAGUCAAUUGUUUUGAAUCAAUGUUGUUGCAUGUAGUUUCUUUCUUCUGAA